ACUGCUGUCCUCCCACAGAGCCCGGACCCAGGAGCAGCGCCAGGAUGCCUACGCCGCUGGCUGCCCUGCUUCUCCUCUUCUCCAUCAGUGGCCACCUGGCCCUUAGGAUCUGCUCCUUCAACGUGAGGUCCUUUGGGGAAAGCAAGAUUGGAAACCAGAAUGCCAUGGAUGUCAUUGUGAAGGUCAUCAAACGCUGCGACCUCAUACUCCUGAUGGAAAUCAAGGACAGCUCCAACAAGAUCUGUUCCGUGCUCCUGGAGAGGCUGAAUGGAUUUUCAAGAGACACAACAUACAACUGUGUGAUUAGCUCUCGGCUCGGAAGAAAGACAUAUAAAGAACAGUAUGCCUUUCUCUAUAAGGAAAAGCUAGUGACCGUGAAGAACAGCUACCUCUACCAUGACCAUCAGGUGGGAGACACAGAUGUCUUCUCCAGGGAGCCCUUUGUGGUCUGGUUCCAGACAUACCACACUGCUGUCAAGGACUUCGUGAUCGUGCCCCUGCACACCACCCCCGAGACCUCCAUCAAAGAGAUUGAUGAGCUGGCCGACGUCUACGUGGAUGUGAAACGCCGCUGGAAGACCCAGAAUUUCAUUUUCAUGGGCGACUUCAAUGCUGACUGCAGCUAUGUCCCCAAGAAGGCCUGGAAUAACAUCCGCCUGAGGACCGACAGCAAGUUCAUUUGGCUGAUUGGGGACGAAGAGGACACCACUGUCAAGAUGAGCACCAACUGUGCAUAUGACAGGAUCGUGCUGAGAGGAGACGAGAUCGUCAGCGCUGUUGUUCCCAAAUCAAACAGCACCUUUGACUUCCAGAAAGCUUACGGGUUAACUGAAAAGGAGGCCCUGGAUGUCAGUGACCACUUUCCAGUUGAAUUUAAACUACAAUCCUCAAAGUUCUUCACCAACAGGAAAAAAACGGUCUCUUCAAGGAGAAGGAAGGCCCGCCGCUCCUAGAUGCAAGGGCCCUGUUUUACUAACCGUCCCUCGCCUCUGAAUAAACAGCUCUAACAGCAUCCCCGCCCCCUGCGCUCAGGCAACAAGACCGCGCCCACUCUCAUGUUCACCUUGAAUUGUCCCAGAGGAAACGGGGGGCUUUUGCAGUCCGAGAGGGGGGUCUUCGCAUCCUGAGCCCGUCCGCUGUCAGGCGCCUCCCAGCCCUGCUUGGAGAGGCUGUGGAGGAGGAAGGACCCCCGUUUUCCGUCUUCACCAGGGGAUCCUGUUCCACAGGAAAUGAGCAGAAGUGCCAAGGCCCCAGGGCACCCCAUGAUUUGGGCAGUGAGCUGUCUGGGGAAUCUGGCCCUCGUGGCUGGGGUCGGGCCACCAUCCGUCCCACGGGAGUGAAGAAUGAAGGCCUCUCCCACCUGAUCUUCCUGCCAGCCCAGUGACCACCAGUGCCAGCCUCUGACAUUCCAUUCUGGCCACCGGCCGCCCUCAUUCCCCUCUUGCUUAUAAAUCCCAUCACCAUCUGAAGAGCCCGGAGGUUUGGGACCCCGUGAAGGUCUCUGUGUCUGGCGUAUCAUCAGCCUCCCCUUGGUCCUAUUGUGCACAUUAUGCCCCUUGGGAGACCUAGUGGAUCAGAGGCCCAGCUGGCUGGCAGGGACUCAAGGAUUUUAUUGUAUUCCUGCCACCAAAGAGUGGCAGAGGGACCCAGCAGCAUGGCACCAUGUUACCUGUGUCCUGCGUGGUUACCACUUUGGUGUUUUUCCUUAUAUUGUCUCUUUGCUCGAGCAGUGCAUGAACAUGACUGUGUGAGCAGCGCCAGAGAAUGAGCAGUGACAAGGACGCCACACCCCGACCCCAGCCCCUCCUUCCUGUCUCAGAAGCGGCCUCUCUUCCCAGCUCCUGCGUUCUUCUGGAGUCUGUGCAUAAAUGAGCACCA